CGAUCGAGCUAGAGAGAGAGAGAGAGGCGGUGGCCGGCGGCGAGGCAGGGAUGGCGUUCAGGAGGUACAGGGCGCUGCCGCAGGGGGAGGUGACGGCGGAGGAGUUCAGGGCGUGGCUGGGGCAGUUCGACGCGGACGGCGACGGGAGGAUCAGCCGGGAGGAGCUGCAGCGCGCGCUGCGGAGCCUCAACCUGUGGUUCGCGUGGUGGAAGGCGCGGGCCGGCCUGCGCGCCGCCGACGCCGACCGCGACGGCGCCGUCGCCGGCGACGACGAGGUCGGCCGGCUCUUCGCCUUCGCGCAGACCCACCUCCACGUCAAGAUCGCCCAGCUCGGCUCCUCCUACUACUGAACUACUCAAUUAGCCUCUCGAUCAAAUCUCAUACUGCAUGUGAUCGAUAUAAUUAAGUGUGUUCGUAAGGAUGCAUAGUACAGUCGGUGUGUCUAUGUCUGUGUUUUUGCACAAAUCCUUGUGUUUACUUAAUUUUGAUCUUCGAGAUUAAUUGCUGUUUAAAGUACUCGCCUCAUCGAUCGAUGUGAGAUUUGGAGAAAUUAUGUAUGAUUUUACUCUUCUUUGUUUUGUUGAUGAUCUCUUCAGUUGGUUGAACC